GAGCGAGGCUGGGCCUGUACCACCGGCAUUCCCACAAAGCUGUGCGGGGGAAACCAGUAGAGAGCCCGAAGGGUAGAGAAAAAGGAACUGGAAAGAAACAGAUCGCGUCUUCUCGACAAAAAUACCUUAUAAGAUAUUUUAAAAAUGGCCGAUAACGAGAAACUGGACAACCAGCGGUUGAAGAAUUUCAAAAACAAAGGUCGGGAUUUGGAGACGAUGAGAAGACAGAGGAAUGAGGUGGUGGUGGAACUGCGGAAGAACAAACGGGACGAGCACCUGCUGAAGAGACGGAACGUCCCGCACGAAGACAUCUGUGAGGACUCCGACGUGGACGGGGACUUCAGAGCGCAAAACACAUCUUUAGAAGCAAUAGUGCAGAAUGCCACCAGCGAUAACCAGGGAGUGCAGCUCAGCGCUGUCCAGGCCGCCAGGAAGCUCCUGUCCAGCGACCGCAAUCCGCCCAUCGAUGACCUGAUAAAAUCAGGUAUUCUGCCCAUUCUGGUGCACUGCCUGGACAGAGAUGACAACCCCUCUCUGCAGUUCGAGGCUGCUUGGGCUUUGACCAACAUUGCGUCAGGAACGUCGGAGCAGACGCAGGCGGUGGUGCAGUCCAAUGCUGUUCCCCUGUUCUUGAGGCUGCUGCACUCUCCACACCAGAAUGUGUGUGAACAGGCUGUGUGGGCCCUUGGAAACAUCAUUGGUGACGGGCCCCAGUGCAGGGAUUACGUGAUCAGCCUGGGUGUGGUCAAACCCCUGCUGGCCUUCAUCAGUCCGUCCAUCCCCAUCACCUUCCUGCGCAACGUCACCUGGGUCAUGGUCAACCUGUGCCGCCACAAGGACCCGCCCCCUCCCAUGGAGACCAUCCAGGAGAUCCUCCCUGCUCUGUGCGUUCUGAUUCACCACACGGAUGUAAAUAUCCUGGUGGACACAGUCUGGGCUCUGUCCUACCUGACGGACGCUGGGAACGAGCAGAUCCAGAUGGUGAUCGAUUCCGGAAUCGUCCCUCACCUGGUGCCCCUUUUGAGCCACCAGGAGGUCAAAGUUCAGACGGCGGCGUUGCGGGCCGUGGGGAACAUCGUGACGGGCACAGACGAGCAGACCCAGGUGGUGCUCAACUGUGACGCUCUCGCCCACUUCCCCGCCCUGCUCACCCACCCCAAGGAGAAGAUCAACAAGGAGGCGGUGUGGUUCCUGUCAAACAUCACCGCAGGAAACCAGCAGCAGGUGCAGGCGGUGAUUGACGCUAACCUGGUGCCCAUGAUCAUCCACCUGCUGGACAAGGGAGACUUCGGGACCCAGAAGGAGGCCGCCUGGGCCAUCAGCAACCUGACGAUCAGCGGGAGGAAGGAUCAGGUGGCGUACCUGAUCCAGCAGCAGGUGAUCCCGCCCUUCUGCAGCCUGCUGACGGUGAAGGACGCCCAGGUGGUGCAGGUGGUGCUGGACGGCCUCAGCAACAUCCUCAAGAUGGCCGACGACGAGGCCGAGACCAUCGCCAACCUGAUCGAGGAGUGCGGUGGUUUGGAAAAGAUCGAGCAGCUCCAAAAUCACGAGAAUGAAGACAUCUAUAAACUGGCGUAUGAAAUUAUCGAUCAGUUCUUCUCGUCUGAUGAUAUCGACGAAGACUCGAACCUGGUGCCAGAGGCCAUUCAGGGCGGGACCUACGGCUUCAACUCCACCAACGUGCCGGCCGAGGGGUUCCAGUUUUAGGAGGCGUCUCUGAUCCUGGAGUUUGGUCGUGGUGCAGCACUCUGUUCAACAAAAAUUAGGAGAGAAAGUGAGCGAAAGAGUGAAAGGAAUUAGGUCCAUUGCGCUUGGCUCAUUGGGAUCUUUGGCUGCGUCUGAUGGGAGAGAAGUGUGUGGGUUUGGGUUUGCUCCCCCCCCCCGAGGGGGGGGUCCGCCCAAAUGAACUUGCGAUGGCGAGUGGAUGCAAGUGCGAAUGAGUGGCUAAAUGUUGCAAAAACAUCUACAAACCGAACGCUUGGGAAGACCUCUCGCCUACCUAGCGGUUACCGGAGGGGUCUUACCUAACGGCAAAUAAACACACAAACAGGCGUCUAUUGGAGGGAGCAGAGGCCUCGCUCUAACAAUUGGAGGAAAAAAAA